AUGCCCUCGUUCCCUCGGAAAGGCUCCGUCACAAUCUGCGAAAUCAACAGAGACCUCAUUACUGCAGAUAACCUCUCUGAUGAUCAAGCCAAAGAAACCUACGCCAAAAUUCUAGGAACUGUAUUUAGUCCAGUCCCAUUCGAACCCGAUAAUUUAUUGGGCACGGGAGAGGAACAGCCAGAGCCAGUUGCUUCCGGACAUGGCAGUUUAGGUUUUCUAUCUGUGACAUUGCGGGCCCUGUUGAGUGGUUCUCUCAAGCCCCUCUUUCGGCCCACAGAUGUAAAAUUGUUGCAAGAUGUUGAUCUUCGUGGUGUAAGUUGGCACCAGCGCAAGCAUAUUUUAGCAUUUAUUUCUGGGCCACAUCACGUGACAAUUCGCGAUUAUGAUGAUUCUGAUAGGAAGGAUCCUUGCAUUUUGAUUCAUGAAUCCCAGAAAGAUGUGAAAAUUGUAGAAUGGAGGCCGAAUAGUGGGAAGACACUUUCUGUGGCAUGCAAGGGUGGAAUUUGCAUUUGGUCUGCUUCUUAUCCUGGCAAUGUUGCGUCUGUGAGAUCUGGGGUUACCUCAGGCAUGCUUUCUAGGGGCUCUAUGACUAGAUGGACUUUAGUGGAUUUCCUUCAAAGUUCUGAUGAAGAACAAAUAACUUCUCUUUCGUGGAGUCCUGAUGGAAGAUAUUUAGCAUCAGCUUCAUACGAGAGUUCAUCAUUCACCAUAUGGGAUGUUGCACAAGGUCUGGGCACGCCUAUUCGACGAGGUUUGGGAGGCAUAUCGCUUCUCAAGUGGUCCCCCGCAGGAGAUUAUUUUUUUGCUUCAAAAUUUGAUGGGACAUUUUAUCUUUGGGAGACAAACACAUGGACAUCAGAACGAUGGUCAUCAAAAAAUGGAUUUGUCACGGGAGCAACAUGGGAUCCUGAUGGGCGCAUGAUUCUUAUUGCGUGUUCUGAAUCAUCAACUUUAAUUUCCAUUCAUUUUACAUCAAAACCUCCAUCACUAGAUGCACACCCCAUAGCCGUUGAGUUGCCAGAGAUACAAUCCUUGACUGGCAGCCAAGGCAUUGAGAAGAUAGCAUGGGAUGCUUCAGGAGAGCGCUUGGCUGUAUCAUAUAGAAAUGGUGAUGAACUAUACAAAGGUCUCAUUGCCAUAUUUGAUGUUAAAAGAGCUCCCUUGAUUGCACCAUCACUAAUUGGAUUCAUCAGAGGGACCGUUGCUUUCUGUGUGUUGGAGCAGUGGAUUUUGCUGCACCUACCCACUUAUAUUUCGUUCACAUGUUCUUCCUUAGUCCAAGAGUUGGGAUGUGAAGGCAAAUGUAAAUGUGCAAUGUUGCAAUGCUCGGAAAAACAUUCUCUGUGGUGA